AUGGCAAAUCCGUACGCAUCAGCGGCCAAGACGUCGAGCGAGGCACUUUGUUCCCAGCGCCACCCUGUCCUGCACGACCAAAUCACCCACGCGGAAGACACCCUAGGCAAUUUCGGCAUCUUUGGAGUAGCUUACUACACCACGGUCAACUCCCCGCUCAGCGAGUUCAGCGUCUUGGGGUUCGACUACGGGUACUCCAUAGCCGCGCGGGACUCGCUGGUCUUGUGGGAAGCGCAGUUUGGUGAGUUGACGAACAAUGCUGGCCAAGUCUACGCGUCACUGCACAAGUAUGGUGAAGCAAAAGACAUCAAGGACGUUGCCGUCGCGCGCGUCGAGUAA